GUGGCUGCUUGUAUUUGUUUGUAUAUCAAUUCUCGCGCAAAUAUUUGCUCCUUAUUUCAUUGGGCAGGACCAAAUCUACUCAACCUGCAGUCGUGAAGAUAUAUUAAAUAACCUGUGGACCAUGAAAUGACAGUCCGGUUUCGUUCACGAUAAGUGUCGGACGUACAAUGGAUACUUCUAAUUCAGUGACAUCUACAUUUACCUAAAAACAUUGGUGACUAAAACUCCUUUUAAUAAUUAUUCCAUCCGGAACAUAAUUUUGAUUAUACGAACUAAUUGCUUCAAAUUAUUUACUCGUCAUGAUGGCUGUGAAAUGGAAGCCUCUGCUGAGCGCAGUGCCGUGUGUUUUGUUUUUUUCUACUUUGUUCCCGCUGAACGGCGCUAAAUUUCCGAAUGUUUAUCCACGAGUGAAGCUGGACGCUCGACCUAAUGACUCAGCGGGGGAUCCUCUCAUGCUGACGCCGUUUCUCAAAAACGAGUCCAUAGCCCUCGCCCAGGAACUAUCAAGAGUGUCAUUGACGGAAACACUUGGGAUCGAGAGUCACGCGGGAUUUUUUACAGUUGACGAGAAGUUCAAUUCAAAUAUGUACUUUUGGUAUUUCCCGCCUUUAUCGAAGAACGAAGCUGCACCGGUUUUGCUGUGGCUGCAAGGAGGUCCCGGGGCCAGCUCCUUAUUCGGGCUCUUUACGGAAGUCGGGCCGCUGGUCGCAGGCAAGGACGGUUUUACCAAAAGAGAGCAUCAUUGGGCUAAGAACUAUCACCUGAUUUUCAUCGACAACCCCGUGGGGACCGGCUUCAGUUUCACCGACAAAGAUGAAGGUUACUGCACCGAUGAGACGUGUAUCGCUAAAGGACUCUUCGCAGCAAUGGACCAGUUCUUCACUUUGUUCCCGAAUUUGAGGGCGAAUGAUUUCUACAUAGCCGGUGAGUCAUACGCCGGUAAAUACAUUCCGGCGUUCGGGUUGUACGUUCACAAUCUUAAUCAGGAAUCGAAAAGAAUCAAUUUGAAGGGCAUGGCCAUCGGAAACGGCUACUGCGACCCCCUUCAUCAGCUCGACUACGGUGACUAUCUGUACCAGCACGGUCUGAUAGACGACAACCAACUGAAAACGUUUUUAAAAUAUCAACUCGAAAUUUCGACUCGUAUCAAGAACGGAGAAUAUUCAACGGCCGCGUAUUUGCUCGAUGAACUGUUUGAUGGUGAAAUGACCAAGAAUUCAAUGUUUAAAACCUACACAGGAUUUGAGAAUUCAUAUAAUUUUCUGGUAAGCAAGGAGGAAGACGAUAUGACUAUUUACGCGGAUUUGUUAAAGGACGACACCGUGCGACGCGGCGUGCACGUCGGAGGCCUGGCCUUCAACGACGGCCUGCAAGUGCUGACCAAUUUGGUGGACGACCUAACGCGGUCCGCCGCCCCGCUGCUAGCCAAACUGCUCUCUCACUACCCGAUCAUGUUCUAUAGCGGACAGCUGGACAUCAUUGUCGCGUACCCUCUGACGGAAAAAUUCCUCGCUAACUUGAACUUCUCCGCUGUGAUCGAGUACAAGUUUGCCCCGAGGAACAUCUGGAGAGUGGACGGCGACGUCGCUGGUUACGUCAGGAAGGCCGGCAACCUGACCGAGGUGUUGGUUCGGAACGCAGGCCACAUGGUGCCGCGGGACCAGCCUAAAUGGGCCUUCGAACUAAUAACGCAGUUUAUCAAUAAAAUUUUGUAAAAAUUUCAGCAAGAUUAUUUAGCUUGUAAUUCAAUGUUAGAAAAAACACAAAAUUAAAUAGUUGCAAAUCCUUUUUUUUCUCUUCUUAAA